AUGUAAAAUGAUAAUGCUUAUCUAAUCAAAAGAAAAUUGGGAAAUGGUUCAUUUGGUUGUGUCUAUUUAGUAUCUGAUAUCAAAACCAACCAAGAAUUUGCCUGCAAAAUUGUAAUCCAUAUAGUACUUAUUUUAGGUCUCCAAAUCCAUGCUCGCCAAAUAUCAGGCUGAACAUAUGGUAAGAUAGGAGAUUCAAAUUUAAUCAUCUAUUAAUCAUAGAAAUGUUGUAAAACUCUUUAAUUCAUUUGAAGAUACUAAAAACAUCUACAUCAUUUUAGAAUAUUGUAAAGAAGGAUAAUUAUAAAUACCAUCACAACCUUAUACCAAUAAAUAAUUAAUCUUAUUCCUCAAUCAAAUCCUCAGCGCCAUUGAUUCACUCCAUCAAAUCAAUCUUGUGCAUAGAGAUAUCAAAGUAAGUAACAUCUCCCCAAUUUCCAGUUAGACAACAUCCUUGUUCAUGAGGAUGGAACUUAUAAACUCUCUGACUUUGGAUGGGCUACCCAAAUUUCACACAUUAAACCUAUACUAUGUGGUACUACCGAGUAUAUGCCUCCAGAAGUUGUCAAUAACUAAAUGCAUGAUUAAAAGGUGGACUCGUGGUCAUUAGGGGUGGUACUCUAUGUAUAAAUAUCAUAUAUUUAAGAUUCUGACUCAUUGCAGAAAACCUUUUACAGCUAAAACUGAUCGUGAAUUAAUUAAAUUAAUUUCUGAAAAUGAAAUUAAAAUUGAUACCUCAUUAGAUGAGAAUCUGUAAAUCCUUAUUUAAGCAUUACUUACUAAAGAUCCUUCUUAUAGACCUAAUAUAAAGUAGCUCUAUUUUAGUAAGUGGAUAAAAUUCCAGAUGAAAUAUCAUAACAUAUUCAAUAAAUAUGAACAUGAAAAAUUAAAACAUAAAUUUAUCAAUCAAAAAAUAGAAAUCAAAUCUGUUGAUAAUUGGUAUAGGUUUCUAAUGAUUAUUUUUAGUGCUAUCUAAUAAAGAAAGAAGAAGAUCAUUUCAAACAUAUCUUUGUCCCAUAGUUAAAGUACGUAGUUAAGUAAUUGUGAUAUGAAUGAAUCGGGAAUAAUAGAAAAACAAAAAUAAGAAAAACUAUGA